AUGGCCAAAUCAUCAAACGAUAUCAGUAGUAGUGAUAGUCAGCUGCAACGGUGCUCUGAGAGAUCCCGUCGGGUCAGCGUUCUUGCAAGCUGUUACAGUGUGAAUACUAUCACCUCCGCAGUUACUGGGUUCCACUACUGCACUGCUAUGGGCACCGAUCACAGUGGUAUCCCUGAGGUCCCCUCAGGGUUUAAGCCGCCUUCACGUCCUCCCCUUGACUUGUCCAUCAUUCCCGGUAUGGGUAUUAGCUGGCCAGGGAACAACUUAUCGGAGCAUAAAGGGGAGGCAACGCAUGCUAUCCCGGAAGAGUGUGAGAGGCUCUUCUGCGAGCACCUGUCUGUAAUAUUCCUUGGUGAGAGGAGAUUUACUGAGCAGGAGUCGCCUGGGAUGGGUGCGUAUCAAAGCCAGCCAGAAAUUGUCGAGGCUAUGCACACGCCGAUCCAGCAUUGGCUCGAAGUUCUGGAUUACACAAAUGACAUUACUUAUCGAGGGUUUGUGACUAACACGAGCGAUGGCCAACCAACCAUAUUCGUGUUUUUCUCUGACCAAACUUUGGGCCACGGCCUCAAAACUGGUUUGGUGGCAUUAUUCGAGCUUGCAAGUAUUAGUGCAUUCCAAUGCUUGCAAAUUGUUGCUUGUAUCCCGCGUUCGCACAAUGCGGUCGAGCUCCAAAUCGUAAGGAACCUUGGGUGGUGUGGUUUUAAUCUAACUACUUUGCAACAAUGGAGUGUCGAAAAUGACCUGAAUCAUACAUUGAGCGAUAAGUGGCUCUUCUUAAGCGCCGAGGUAUAA